AUGUUUCUUUCUACAAUCAACAGGCUAAGGGAGGAGCAGAUAAAAGACAAUUCUCUGAGGGUUUGCGGUGGAGGGAACGUAACAAAGUCGAAAAUACUUAAUAUUGGAGAAAAAACAGGAGGAAGGGGUAUUUGCAAGGAAAUUAAUAAAUGUGCGAGUAAAACCUGUAAAAAGUUUAAUGGGGGAAGGAACAGACCAACCAACGUUAAUAAUGACAAUGAGCUAAAGAUAUCAAAUAUAUCUCAAAAGAAAUUUCUAAACAAGAUUGGAAAUGCUAAUAAAGAAAAAAUUUCUUCUUUCCAACAAAUACUAAAUAUUGCAACUUCUAGCAAUGGUAUACAAAUUUUGGACCGAAAGCCAAUAAAGAACACAGAGUUUCAUUUAAAUCAGCUCAUCCCUUCAAGUUCUUAUUAUGAUUCUCUACCAGGUUCUCCAAAUUCCGAUUACAAAAGUGAUGAUCAGAGAAGCCGGAAAGAAAGCAACCAGGCUAUUGAAGAUACUGAUGAUGAAGGUGAUUCGCCCCCAAAAAUUAAUUUUGUUAGAAUCAUUUGUAGUGGAAAAGGAAGCGAGAGUGGCAUAAGUAAUAUUAAUAAGACCGUUUCUAGUAAGAAUGAUAGGAAAAAAGACAAAGAAAAUAACAAUAAAAAUUUCAAGUUAAUUAAAAGGUUGAAAUGCAAUGAUUUGGAUAACACUCAAAAUUUUAGAUCUGCCUCCAAACCUCUUAAGGCCAAGAAAACUACAAAGAAAGAUGAUGAACAGACAGGAAAAGUGUCUGGCCAAGUAUUAGACAAUGAGGAAAACAAGAAUAAUGAUGAAUACAAGUCUCAAGAUAGUGGCCAAAGUAAAGAAAACCUUAAAAAGAAAAAGGCAAUUGAGGCCAAAGUAAAGAAGCCAGAGAAUACUAUUCUUAAAGAUAUAGAAGAGAAGGGGAAUUCAAAGCCAAAAAAUUCCCAUUUUGAUUCAGAAGAAAAGUCUGAAACAUACAAACAGAAUAUUUUAACCUUAAAAGCUAAAAAUAACUUGAUCAAAAAGAGAUUCAAAGACCAAACAGAUGAUGAUUUUUUUAAUAACAUUUUGGUUUCAACGCCUACUAAUUCAAGCUCUAGAAAGACUAGGAAAAGCUUGAACUUAGAACUGAGUCCUAAUUUAUCUAUCUUUAGUCCUGAUACUUUGGACAUUAAGCUUUUAAAGACAGGCUUGACUCCUGUAAAUAGCAAUCGGGAAGAACCUGCUUCCAGUGUACCUAAUAAUAAAGCUUACAAACGCAAAGAAUUGAAGAGAAAGGGACUGGGAUCAUUCCACCUAUCACCUUUAAGUUCUUGCUUAAAGGAAAUUGCAAGUGGGGAGGACACUAACCGAAACUCAUCUUAUUCAAAGAGCUCUGCCUCAAAGUCUCUUGGUGAUAUUCUCGGCAGUCUAGAAAACAAUACGGGAUCUAAAUCUGGAAAACUUGGAAAGCUUAGUUGCGAAAAGCAAAACAAAUUCGUUAUGCAAAUACAUGAGAAAUUGACGAAUAGAAGCUCUAAUGAUGAAAGCGAACUAGAGAAAAAUCCCUAUUCACAAAUUAAAAAAAAGUCUGGAAUUACUACUGAUAAGCUCAAAGUAACAAAGGGAUCCUUAGACCUAAAAAUCAACCUUGACUCAAUGCUGGAUCAAGAAAUGGAAAUCAACACUAGAAUUGCCAACCAAGAAAAACAGCAGGAGCUUUUGUGGAGUAUUACAGAGGAUUUAUCUAUUCAAAAUGAAGACAGAAAUCUUCUUAUGGAAGAACUUAUUGCUCAUACUACACAACAAAAUUAG